AUGGUUCUUUGUCCCGACGGUAAUCCAAUCGCAGUGGAUGACAUCAAGAUUGGUGAUUUACUCUUAUCUGAUGGAGGGAGGGCUGUUAAAGUAGUAGAAGUGAGUAAGAGUACCGAUGAGUUGUUCGAAAUCAAGCAAAAGACUAAUCAAUCAACUUGGAAAAAACCUCAAGAACUCGUUCAUUUCACUUGUGCAGGAAAACAGAGGUUGGUUUUGCGUACGAGGCAAAGAGUUAAACAGUAUGUUAUCUCGAAAGACAGAAGGACUGGCGAAAUUGGUAAGCGUAGAAGUGUUGUGAAAAUUCCACAAUAUAUGGACGUCAAGACACCUGAUUAUCGAAAUAUUAAGAUUGUUAAACUUUUGUCAAAAACGUUCGCAGAUGGCUGUAAUCCGAAAGAAAUUCAAGACCACAUUGAUAAGGUAAAAGUGAAGAAUGAAUUGAUUAGGUGGGAAUGUGAGACGAGAGAUCUGGGCCUACUCAAGACCAAAAAAAUUCGAAGAGCGACCAGAUUGUUGGUUGCCCCAUUGUCGCUAGAAAUUCCAGUGGUGUUGCCUUGGAUUCAGGAAAACAUCACGAAAGAUGUUCCUCCUCAAGAAAUCGAAGCUAUGACAUGGCUGGUUGGUUUUUGGAUCGGCAAUGGCCACGAAAGCGUACCUUCGUUCACUCUUGCCGACGAUGCAGAUGUCAACAAUCGAUUUGACGAGAGUGCCAAUAUGUGGGGUAUGAAGUCGAUACCCAAAAAUGGCCAAAAGAACAGAGUGACCUUAGUCAACGAUGCCAAGCAGUGUACCCACAAUCCUUUUAGCACGCUUCUAAGACUGUUAGGAUUUUAUGAGAAGANAUGUCCCGAUUUCAUGAGGACUGAGCGAUUGCUGGUUCGAGAGGUUUUUCUGGCGGGGCUGAUCGACGCAAUGGGCUAUCCAGCCUUGCAUUUUACAUUUGUGGGAGUCAAGUUAGUCACAAUGUACACGCCUAUAAAGGAAGCGAUAGUAUUCGUGGCUGAACCUUUGGCACUAAACGUCAGCUGCAGUCACGAAGCUGCGGGAAGCCGUCCUGAGCGUUACCUCUACAAUGUAAACUGGAUACUUCACAAUUCACCAGGAGACAACCCAGAGAUAUUUUGGUCGAUCGUUGGAAUGUGUUCGAGUCAAAGAAAAAAGGACUCUUUACGCCGGGAGCGAUGUGAAGAGACCAUCGACUUCACGCAAUGCGAAGAAGAGGAGAACAACGCACCAGCACUGGAUGAUGAAGUAGCCCUUAAUAACAAUGCCAUAAGGUUCAAAGUGGUAUUCUCAGGGUCCCGAGAGGUUGUCAAGAUAAUGUGUGAAGAGGGAAAAAACUUCCUACUCCACAAUCGUGUCAUCACUCCAGGUUCCUUUCUCGAAGAUGAAUCAUCGAGACCUAUACGUCCUUUGACUAGGAAGUGUUUAUGCUGUAAAUCAGAAGAAACUCAUUUGCAGUGGUACAAAGUAACGUGGAAUCUAGAAAGUAAACAAAGACUGUGCUCAAGAUGUUACGGUAACUAUAGAAUAUCCUGCACAAGGUGUCUUGAUGUAAGUUGUCAAAAGGUUGUGAUUAUCUCAGGGCUCCCACCAGGACGAACGAUCCAGAGUUACCGUGACACUGGCGAACUUCUUCAUUGCUCAUGUGGAGCAGUUUCAGAGACUAACUUUGAAAUGUUGGAACAAAGGGAGAAUAAAAUUUCAAAGAUCCAGGAUAAUUACCAAUGCAUCCACUGCUGGAAGACCAGACUCGGAACUCGCAGGAAUUCUCCUGUGGAUAAAAGUCAACCAUCUUGUGAUAGUUGCUACAAGAAAUACGGACAAACGCGUACUGCGUGCACAAACCCAAGCUGCGGCAAGAUUCCAUCAAUUACCGAAUUGAGACAAAUGCAAGAUAGUUCUGAUGAAUUCAAAUGCCUUGAGUGUGGGUCUCGUGCCCAACAGGACACUGGAAAAGCCGUCAAACAACGUGAGCCUGCAGAAAAGAAAAGCGGGGAAUGUCCGUCUUGCAUUCCCUCAAGUCAACAAGAUGGGACUCAUUGCCGGAACUUGCGAGUCAGAAAAUCAGCCAUUCAUGUUAUGGAACCUUUGAAAAACACCAGGUAUACUGCCUUGUCUGUUUGA